CAGAUUGUUCCAGAACACCUGUCCAGUGCUCUGCCUUCCUUUCUUUGGGACUACCUCACCAGCUCUGGGACAAGAGACUACGGCAUCCACAGCUGACUCCAGACUCGGCCUACCCCAUGCUGGCGAAGCCGGGGACAUGACCUGAGCACCCCAUGCCCGUGCCCCGGGCCCUGGGGUCACCGCCCUUACACCAUGGAGCUGAAAGUGUGGGUGGACGGCGUCCAGCGGAUCGUGUGUGGGGUCACCGAGGUCACCACCUGCCAAGAGGUCGUCAUAGCCUUAGCCCAGGCCAUCGGUCGAACCGGAAGAUACACCCUCAUAGAGAAAUGGAGAGAUACCGAGAGACACCUGGCACCUCACGAGAACCCCAUCAUCUCCCUCAACAAGUGGGGGCAGUACGCCAGCGACGUGCAGCUGAUCCUGCGGAGGACGGGGCCGUCGCUCAGCGAGCGCCCCACCUCCGACAGCGUGGCCCGGAUCCCCGAGAGGACUUUGUACAGGCAGAGCCUGCCCCCCUUAGCCAAACUGAGACCCCCGGGGGACAAGGCCAUCAGGAGGAGAGAGCCCAAGAGGAAGUCCUUGACCUUCACGGGGGGCGCCAAGGGGCUGAUGGACAUCUUCGGGAAAGGCAAAGACGCGGAACUGAAACAGAAGGUGUUGAACAGUUGCAAGACCACCGCCGAUGAGCUGAAGAAACUCAUCCGGCUGCAGACGGAGAAACUGCACUCCAUCGAGAAGCAGCUGGAGUCGAACGAGCUGGAAAUCCGCUUCUGGGAACAGAAGUAUCACUCGAACCUGGAAGAAGAGAUCGUCCGCCUGGAGCAGAAGAUCAAGCGGAACGCCGUGGAGAUCGAGGAGGAGGAGUUUUGGGAAAACGAACUGCAGAUCGAGCAGGAGAACGAGAAGCAGCUGAAAGACCAGCUUCAGGAGAUCAGGCAGAAGAUCAAGGACUGCGAGGGCAAGCUGAAAGACUACGUGAGCCAAAUCCACACCAUGGAAAGCGGACUGGAGGCGGAGAAACUGCAGCGGGAAGUCCAGAAGGCCCAGGUCAACGAGGAGGAAGUGAAGGGAAAGAUUGGCAAAGUCAGAGGGGAGAUCGACAUGCAGGGCCAGCAGAGCCUGAGACUGGAGAACGGAAUCAAAGCGGUGGAAAGAUCGCUCGGCCAGGCCACCAAACGAUUGCAGGACAAAGAACAAGAGCUAGAGCAGUUGACCAAAGAGUUGCGGCAGGUGAACCUCCAGCAAUUCAUCCAACAGACGGGCACCAAGGUCACGGUGUUGCCCGCGGAGCCCACGGAGAUCGAGGCCUCGCAGGCGGACGUGGAGAAGGACACCCCAUUUCAAUCCGGGUCCCUGAAGCGCCCCGCUUCGUCUCGACAGCUACCCAGCAACCUCCGCAUUCUGCAGAACCCCAUCUCGUCCGGUUUUAACCCCGAAGGCAUAUAUGUAUAACAGCAGGGAGAGAGAAAUGAGCCAAUAAAAGGUACCGAGGACC